GCGACAACCAACCCAUAAACCCCUCCCGGCUUUCCUCACGCUCCCGGCGAUGGCAUCGGCGGCGGCGGAGUGGGAGGAGGCGGCGCGGAAGGUGCUGGUGGCGCGGAAGCCCGGCUUCGGGCUCCCCACCGCCUGCCCGACCUGCCUCCCCGUGCUCCUCUACCUCCGCAUGGCCCAGGUCCCCUUCGACAUCCACGUCGACACCUCGUUCCCCGACGCCGAUCACAUACCAUAUGUUGAAUUUGGUGAUUGUGUGGCAUUCAACAAUGAAAAAGGAGGUGUAAUUCAGUAUCUUAAGGAGGAGAAAAUUGUGGACUUGAACUCAAAGCACCCAAGUGUUUCUUCCUCUGAUGUGCUACCCACGAAGGCUAUGGUUUUGACCUGGCUUGCUGACGCUUUGCAGUAUGAACUAUGGGUGGUUACUGAUGGCAGCAUUGCGCAUGAUAUCUACUUUUCUGAUCUCCCCUGGCCCAUUGGGAAGAUACUCCAUUGGAAGAAAAGUAGAGACGUGAAGCAACUCCUGGGUAUAACAAAGCUUAAUGCUGCUGAAAAAGAAAAGGAGAUAUACCAGAAUGCAAGUGCUGCAUAUGAUGCUUUGUCUUCGAGAUUAGGGGAUCAAGUAUUUAUAUUUGAUAAUAGCCCUACAGAUGUUGAUGCUCUUUUCCUUGGACAUGCUCUUUUUGUCUUCAAUGCAUUACCUGAUGCAUCUGUGCUGCUAGGCACUUUGCAAAAGCAUGACAACUUGGUGAAUUUUGCCAAGCAUCACAAGGCCCAAUUGCUGGAAGCCUCAUCCUUAUCAGCAGUAGGGUCAUCACCUGAUCCACCAUCAUCCUCCACCCCCAGGAAAAGAGCAUCUACUGGCCGAACUUAUAAGCCGAAACCUAGAGCAAAGAAGGAACGGACAGAAGAGGAAAAGACAUUCAGACGAAGAGCAAAGUAUUUCCUUGCCACACAACUUGCUGCGGUUCUUGCGUUCCUAUCACUGAUGGGUGGGGUUGAUAGUUCUGAGCUAGAUGAAGACGGUGUAGAUUACGAAGAUUAAUUUCUCCCUGUGUUGUACUACAAUAUCUGUUCCAAGGCCAAUCUGCCGCUGGUUGGGGUGCAUUAAAAAUUUGUUCCCUCCGUUAGUCAGAGAUAUGUUACACUUGAUAUUGUAGCUAGGAAUACACUCGGUUUAGCCUUUGGCAGUUUCAUAAUCUACUUCGGACGUGAACAUGCUUGUCUCAAAGUUUUUUGGGUUCAUGGAACCUAACUGGAGCAAAUACGAAUUUUGGAGUACUCA